GGGCGCGGGCGGGGGAGGAGGGGCGGGGCCAGGCCGGCUGCGCGCGCAGAAGGCCAGGACCGGAAGACAGUCCGAGAUGGCCGGGGUCGUGUUGCGGGCUGCGGUGCGGAGCUGGCGAGUUGGCGUGCAGCCGGGCUGCGGGGUCCGGCCGCUGAGCCAGACCCAGGGACCCCCGGGCCACCCCAGCUUUGUGGAAUCCACGGAUGAGUACCAGUUUGUGGAGCGCCUGUUACCCCCCGCCAGCAUCCCAGAGCCCCCAAAGCACGAGCGUUACCCCACCCCUAGUGGCUGGCAGCCUCCCAGAGACCCCCCGCCCAGCCUGCCCUACUUGGUGCGCCGUUCUCGGAUGCACAACAUCCCGGUCUACAAGGACAUCACCCACGGUAACCGCCAGAUGACCGUGAUCCGGAAGGUGGAGGGGGACAUCUGGGCACUGCAGAAGGACGUGGAGGAGUUCUUGAGCCCGCUGCUGGGGAGGACCCCGGUCACCCAGGUCAACGAGGUGACGGGCACCCUGCGGGUCAAGGGCUACUUUGACGAGCAGCUCAAAGCCUGGCUGAUGGGGAAGGGCUUCUGAGGCCCACGUGACCGUGCUCCCCGGGACGGGGGACGCGGGGACAGGGCUUGGGGGUGGCAGCGUGGGGUCACGCGGGCCCCUGUGCACGGGUGUCCGCGCGGGGCCGCCAGCUGCUGGCUUUCCUCCCGGCGUGGCCUUCUCUUUGGGGCGCAGCUGUUCAACUUCUAAAGGUUCUGGCACUCUGCCUUUGAAGCAGGUGAAAAUGAUAAAGACGACGGGCAGGCGUGUGGCGUGGUGGCCGCGGUGCUGCUCGGAUACCUGCACCCCUGGUCCACGUCCCGGCUCCUGGACGUGCAGUCCGGCCUCCCGACGUGCACCCUGCGAGGCAGCAGCGACGGCCGAGUGCUUGGGCCCCUGCCGCCCGCACGGGAGACCUGGAUGGAGUUCCAGGCUCCUGGCUUCGCCUGGGCCAGCCCUAUCACAGGCGCUGGGGAGUGAGCCGGCGGGUGCGAGAUCGGCCUUUCAAGUGGGUGAAAUUCAAAAAUGUCAGCGUUUGUGUGGUGGGGCCGUGCGGGGAGGACAGCAGAGGCAGGCUCUGCGACACUGCGUCCUCUGCUCCCGGGAGCCCACUGCCGUACACGUUCCUGGGCCCUUGUCACGGGCGACAUGGCCCAGUGUGGGUUACAGGGAGCACGGAUCACUCCGGCACAGGUCCUUGCAGUCUUAAUUCCAAGCGCAGGGCCUGGCACGCGGUCACCAGGUGCCCACGUCAGCCCCUGGGUGCUCUCCACCCGAUGGAGCGUGGAGGCCCAGCCCGGGCCGUGCUUCCACUCCAUAUGGGGCCUGCUCUGGCUGCCCGACCGCAGGAGGCUCCUCUGUGCCCAGCACGGGACCGUCCUCCUGCCCACUGGCCUGGGGUCAAGGCUGGACAGGGAUUUGUAGCAUAAACAUGCUGGCCUCUCACCCCUGCUCCCCAGCCAACUCGCCAGUACCCUUGCGUCAUCUUUGUCGUCCCAGACACCUGAGUGCCCCCCACCCCCUGGGCGUCCAGCCACCCACCCAGGGCAGGGCACAGACCCCCUGGGCUGCCUCUUUGGAUUACGCGGGUGUAGCUGCCUGGACUGCCAGCUGACUAUAAGCCUCACUCCUUUUCUACCACAAGGAAAAGGAGACAGAAACCGCCCCUGUGACAGCCCCACCAAGUGUUAAUGCAUGUUUUUAUUGGCCGUAUAUACAAUUUAAGCUAUUAAAAUUUGUACAAUAUUUACAAAUUAAAUAAUCAUUUGAAACUGUC